GUCAAAGUGCAAGACUCAGACCUUACCAUUUUUUUUCAGUACAGCUAAAAUUUAUGACAUAUAUAUAUCAUUGUGCUAUGUUUUGCAUGCCCACCAUUUUUGUAUUAAUCCAAAUUAGUCACAUACACUCAUGGAGAGAACUUGCUUUGCUCUUUUGCAUGUAGUGUUGUUAGUGCAUUGUCUUUCGGCUUGUUUAGCUGGGAAUGUUACCGACAUUACUAGUGACCAAUCUUCUCUUCUUACCUUGAAAGCCCACAUAAUUCUGAACUCUCGUGGUGUCUUGGCUAACAAUUGGUCCACAACUACUUCUAUCUGUAACUGGAAUGGGGUCACUUGCGGCACUCGCCACCUACGAGUGACAUCCUUGAAUAUUUCUAACAUGGCUCUUGAAGGUACAAUUCCACCACACCUAGGUAACCUCUCGUUUCUCGUUUCGCUUGACCUUAGUACCAACAAUUUCAGUGGUCAUCUUCCCUAUGAAUUAUCUCAUCUGCGUCGAUUGAAAUUCAUGAAUUUAAAAAUUAACAAAUUUAGUGGACAGCUUCCAUCAUGGUUGGGUGUCUUAUCUGAACUGCAAGAGUUAAUUCUUCGUAACAAUAGUUUUACAGGUACUAUCCCACCUUCCCUCUCCAACAUAUCGAUGUUAGAACACUUGGAUUUAUCUUCCAAUUUUCUACAUGGAAUGAUUCCACAAGAGGUUGGUAAUCUUCAACACCUGAAGAUUCUAAACAUGCAAUAUAAUCAGUUUGUAGGCUCUGUGCCACUAACCAUCUUCAAUAUCUCGUCGCUGCAACUAAUUUCUUUUGCAAAAAAUAGCUUAUCUAGUAAUCUUCCAUUGGAUAUGUGCCAUCGUCUUCCAAACCUCCAAUGGCUUUCUCUAUCUUACAAUGAGUUACAUGGCGAAAUUCCAUCAAGUUUAUAUGAGUGCUCACAACUUCAAAUUUUGUCACUAUCAUUUAACAAAUUCAAUGGACCCAUUCGUAGAGGGAUUUGGAAUUCAACUGUGCUCGCGGAGUUAUAUCUUGGCAAUAACAACUUGGAAGGUGAAAUUCCGGAGGACAUGGGUAACCUUCGUAAUUUGGAGAUAUUAUCGAUACGAUAUGCCCGCCUCAUUGGUCGCAUUCCAUCAUCCAUAUUUAACAUUACUUCUUUGAAAGGGAUUUCAUUUUUUGCAAACAACUUGACUGGUGUGAUACCGCAAGAGAUUGGUGAACUCCCUUUGUUAGAAGGAAUAGUAUUUGAUUCGAAUAAGCUAACAGGACGCAUCCCAACAACGUUGUUCAACAUCUCAACACUACAAGAGAUCGCACUCACUGACAACCACUUCUCGGGCAAUCUUCCAUCAAGUUUUGGCCAGACUCUACCCAAUCUUGAAUAUAUUUUUCUUGGAUUGAAUAACUUCAGUGGAACUAUCCUUGAUUCUAUUUCAAAUGCUUCUAAGCUCAUUGAAAUAGACCUUGCCAGUAAUAGGUUCACAGGUUCAAUUCCCAGCUCACUUGGUAAUUUAGGACGACUCCAAUUUCUGAACCUAGGAGGAAACAAUUUCACUAGUGAACCCUCAUCUCCAGAAUUGAGCUUCCUCACUUCCUUAACCAAUUGCAGACAAUUAAUAGAAUUGCGGAUAGAUGAAAAUCCUUUAAACGUAUUUCUUCCAAUCUCCAUCGGUAAUCUCUCCGAUAUUCUCGAAAUUAUUGAUGCAAGUGGUUGUGGAAUUAAGGGCAAUAUUCCUAGUGAGAUUGGCAAUUUAAGGAACCUAGCGUCCGUAUAUCUAGCUGGCAACUACUUGACUCGGGUUAUUCCAACAACAAUCAAAGGAUUGAGUAAGUUACAAGAACUUCAUCUUGAGGACAACAAAAUAGAUGGAUCGAUUCCAAAGGAGAUUUGCCAUUUGCUGAACUUGGGUGUUUUAGCUUUGAGUGAAAAUAGAUUGUUUGGAACCAUACCUGAAUGCUUAGGGAAUGUAACUUCCUUGAGAUAUCUGUAUUUGGACUCCAAUAGAUUAAAUUCCAGCAUACCUGAAACCAUUUGGAAUCUCAAAGAUCUUUUGGAGUUUAACUUGUCGUUUAAUUCUUUAAGUGGAUAUCUAGCGCAAGAGAUUGGAAAUUUAAAGGUAGCAACGAUACUUGAUCUAUCGGUGAAUCAAUUCAUAGGUAAUGUUCCUAGCACUAUUGGAGGUUUGCAAAACUUGGCUAGGCUUACCUUUGCACAUAAUAAACUACAAGGAUCGAUUCCUGAGUCACUUGGCAACAUGGCAAGUUUGGAAUUUUUGGAUCUUUCCCAAAACAACUUAUCUGGUCAAAUUCCUAAGUCAUUAGAGAAACUCUUACAUCUUAAAUAUUUUAAUGCAUCUUUCAAUAGAUUAAGAGGAGAAAUUCCGACUGGAAGACCUUUUGCAAAUUUCACAAAUCAAUCUUUUUUGUCAAAUGAAGCAUUGUGUGGUGCACCUCGGUUCCAAGUUCAGCCUUGUUAUAUUAGUUCUCUUCAAAAAUCAAAGAAAAAAAUUAAUGAUUCGUAUUUUGUUGCCGAUCGCAUCAGUACUUCUUGCCUCAACAAUUCUAAUCUUUUGCCUAAGAAGUCGAUGGUGGAUAAAUGAAAUUCCAAUUCGAACCCAAUU